UAAAAAAAAAUGACGGGCUCUUUCGUAACCGAGGGGUGGCAGAUAGCUGAUGUCAUCUCCCGGCGACAAAAGAAAUGGUAGUUCCGUGAGGAGGAAGAUAAGGAAAGAAUCCAACAGAAGAACGCAACCUCCCUGUUCUCCAUCCCCAUGAAGAGGAAACAUCAGCUCAUCUCGGAUACUUUCAAGGCCAAGAAGCAACGGUUGGCUGAAGGUCCAAAGACAGUGGAAAAGGAGGGCCCUGAAGCAAUUGAAUCUGCGCUCCAGUACCUGGCAUCUCUGUUCCCUCGAAAAUUAUUUGAGGAUUCGCUGCCACCCUUGAUCCUGAGACACCAGAUCUAUAGCCUCGUCAAAGAUCGCACAACUGUAGACAGAUGUCUGAGCCAGCUGAAAGAUGAAGGACGGAUUCGAAUGUUCCAGCAGGGCUUUGAUGCGGACACUCUUGUCGUGGCAUUUACGGACAGUUAUAAGUCUAAGGUGCUAGAGUUUGUGUCUGGGAAAGAGUUUGCCAGGACAGUGAAUAAGUUCUUGGAUUCUGUCCUUGCCUCCUGCAUGGAUAUCAGUUUUGACAAGAAAAAGAUGCUGAGAGAAUUUGGCUUCAGUGACACAGAGAUAACGCAGCUGGUAAAUGCUGGAGUCCUGACCGUCCGUGAUGCUGGUAGCUGGUGGCUGGCUGUGCCUGGAGCAGGUCGCUUUGUCAAAUACUUCAUCAAAGGAAGGAAAGCUGUUCUGGGCAUGAUCCAGAAGGCCAAAUACAAGGAAGUUUUGCUGUCAGAUUUGCAGACCCGCCGAGCACCACACGCUGUCAAACUGGGGCUUCCCUACCACAUACAUGACAUCAUUGGAGCGCAGAUGGUUGACUGCAUACCAACAACCUCUGGUACCCUUCUUCGACUGGCUGAAGAUUAACUGUGUGUUGCUUUACUAUCAAGAGGAGAGUUGUGCCUAAAAUGAACUGUGACCCCACUUGGAGCUCUUGAACUUUACCUUAUGAUUGCGUGGAAACCAGCAUCAAUGAGAGCACCGAAAUCCUUUUUAUAUAUGGACGAAUCUACAUUUAGCACUUAACGCAUAAUAGAACAGGCAGGGCCUGCCAUUGCUAGGAAAUGACUGUGACGAAAUGUUGUUAUGAGAUUUGGGAGUUUGUUUUUUGGCAUACCUCGUGGGAUAGGACCCCAUGUGAAGUUUACUUAUCUGGGGUAAAGAUUACCCCAGGCCAAAUAUGCCCUCCCUGGGCAUCUAAUUCUUGUUAAUGCCUUAUGCAGCCUUUUCUGGAGAGGCAGCAAAAAUAAUCCCCUCUUAAUUUAUUUCUUGUCCUCUGUCAUCUAAACUGUCUCAAAGCUUAAUUAAAAAGCCAUGCCUGUC